UGCUCUGGGGAUGGCGGAGGGUGGUGGAGUCUCCGCUAGUGAGUGAAUAUCUGAGAGUGGGGCUGCCUCGGGUGUCUGUGGUGGAGUCGAGUAGAGCUUCCUUUCUGCGGUCUGGGGGCGAGAGUGAGCUGGGGCCUCUCGAGGGCUAGUGUGGGUGUUCUGCAGUGGUGGGAGAGGUAGGCGAAGAUUUCAUUUCCAAGAUGGAAAGCCCGUCCGACUCAGCUGUGACUUUACCUAGCACUCCACGGGCCUGCGCCAGCCCACCAUCUCCCCGUACAAGCAGUUUAAGAAAACAACCUAUGAGUGCGACACUUAGAGAACGAUUGAGGAAAACUAGAUCUUCAUUUAAUUCCCAUUACAAUGUGGUAAAACGUCUUAAAGUAGAGAAUGAAGAAAACGAUCAGACUUUUCCUGAGAAACCAGCAUCUUCAACAGAAGAAAACUGUUUGGAACUUAAGGAAAAUUUUAAACACAAAGAUGGUGAAUUCAAAGAAAGUACGUAUUUGAAAAAUACCUUCAAGAAUAUCAGUGCGUGUGAAUCUAAGUCUCUUGAUACUGAGUCAUGCAGUGAUCUCCAGAGUGACUUUGUGAAUGAGGAACUUCCCAAACAGGGAUUAAGUGAAGAAAGAACAAAAUUGAUGAAGCAGAUUGAAGAGAAAGAAGACCUUCUUCGGAGGCUAAAACUGGUCAAAAUGUAUAGAUCAAAGAAUGACCUGUCUCAGUUACAGUUGUUAAUACAGAAGUGGAGAAGCUGUAGCCAGCUGUUGCUUUAUGAGUUGCAGUCAGCCAUGUCUGCGGAGAACAGGAAACUCAGCCUUACUCAGUUGAUAGACCACUAUGGGUUAGAUGAUAAGUUGCUACACUAUAACAGAAGUGAAGAAGAAUUUAUGGAUGUUUAAUUCAUAAUUAUUUCCCCAGAAUAUUUUUGAGAAUGAUAAGUUAAAAGAUACUUAAUACAUUUUAAAAGGAAGGUAAAAACCAUUAUGUAAAUAUAAAAUAAGAUCUAAAAUGAAAAUUUAGUAGUCUGGAUAAAUUUGCCAAAGAAAACUUCAUAUUUAAAGAAAUGUGAAAAAAAAUUAAAUCAUGUUUAAAAAAUA